AUAAAUAGUUAAGGAUGCUUUGGUAAAGGAUAGAAAUAAGAGAAUAGAAGAUGGGGUUCACAGAUAAACAAGAAGCUUUGGUGAAGGAUUCAUGGGAAUUCAUGAAGCAAGACGACAUUCCUCAACUUAGUCUUCGUUUCUUCUCAUUGAUCCUGGAGAUAGCACCAGCAGCAAAGAACAUGUUCUCAUUCUUGAAGGACUCUGAUGAACUUCCUCAGAACAAUCCCAAGCUUAAAGCUCAUGCUGUUAAGGUUUUCAAGAUGACAUGUGAAUCGGCAAUUCAGCUUCGGGAAAAGGGAGAAGUGGUGGUAGGUGAAACUACUCUCAAGUACUUGGGAUCCAUCCAUCUUCAGAAAGGAGUUGCUGAUCCUCAUUUUGAGGUAGUAAAAGAAGCACUGUUGAGAACAGUGGAAGAAGCAAUGGGAAAGAAAUGGAACGAUGAGAUGAAAGAAGCAUGGGCUGAAGCAUAUGACCAAUUAGCUGCUGCCAUCAAAGCCGAGAUGCACGCUGAGGCUGCUGCCUAGUCCUACUAAUUGCCUUUUAUUAUUUAAAAAUGUGUGUCGUGCUGCCUAUGCCUAUAUUGGCUUACUUAGCUACUCUCUUAAUUUUCAAUUCCCUAAAUCAAUUGAAAGUGUGUCUUUGAUGAAAAUGAAACAUAUAAUUUAUAAU